AUGAUUCAUGUCUAUGGUUCAUGUGGUGUUUGGGAAUUGGUUGUACCUUCAGGUUGGAGUUUUUCUGUUGAUGCAAAGAUAGGAGGAAGGUUACAUGGUUUCCAAUUGAGCUCCUUUAUUGAAGAGUUUCAGAAAAUUCUAAUUGAGGAUUUUGGUUUAAAGAUAACGGAUGCAGAUUUGGAAUUGAGUUAUCUACCUAUUGGAUUGAUCAAUUCAUCAGAAUGUCCACCAGUGAUCAUUGCAAACUCAAGCCAAGUUCAAAACUUUCUAGGAUUUUGUAAGAAGCAUCCGUCAACUCAAUUGUGUGUUACCUAUAAAGCCAAGCAAGAUAAUGAGAAGAAGAAAGGGAAGAUGAAGCAAGGUCAGGUUGAUGGAGAUGAUUAUGAUGCUGACAAGCAUAACAAGAAGAAGAAAGGAAAGAUGAAGCAAGAGGAGAAAGGAGAUCUUUUCCUCAACAAAACAGUGUUAAAGGCAAGGUUUGAGUUAUGUGCAAUGAAGCAUAACUUUCACUACACAGUUACCAAAUCCAAUAAAUCAGUUUGGUGUAUUAGAUGUGCUGAUAAGGUGUGCUAUUGGGGUGCCCGAGCAGAGUGUUUGAAGGGCUCUACAUAUUUUAUUAUUAAUAAGUAUGUCGGUGAACAUUCAUGCGCACCUUCAAACAAAUCCAGUGGCGGUAAGACAACUUUAGCGAAAACAAUAGGCAGUCUCAUCAUGCAUAAGUUCGAAGGUGUCAAAGAAGGGCCUAAAGCAAAAUAUAUUGUUCAGAUUAUGCGUAAUGAUUAUGGAUGUGAGAUCUCUGAUUCUUUAGCAUGGGAUUCCCGUGAAUAUGCAAUCAAUGCCGUCAGAGGUAUUCCAGACGAAAGUUAUGGAAAAAUACCAAAAUAUUUGCACAUGCUGGAAGAGGCCAAUCCAGGCUUCACCAAUGUUAUGAGACGUGUCAUUGUUAUAGAUGGAACAUUCUUGAAGAGUAAAUUUAAAGGGGUGCUACUGGUUGCAACUGCUUUAGAUGGAAAUUCAAAUUUGUAUCCUAUUGCAUUCGGGAUAGUAGACUCUGAGAAUCAUCAGUCUUGGGAAUGGUUUAUGAGACAAUUAAAAUUGGUUGUUGCUGAUGGUAAUGGCUUGGCUUUUAUUUCGGAUAGACAAGGAUCUAUUGCGAAGGCAGUUGAGAACGUGUAUCCGCUAGCGGCACAUGGUAUUUGUAUUCAUCAUUUGUUGAAUAAUGUGGUAACAUAUUUCAGAGGAAAGGGAUUAGCUGGGUUGGUUUCUAAGGCUUCGAAGGCUUAUAGAGUUGCUGAUUUUAAGAGAAUAUUUGGUCAUGUCUGCAAUAUCAGUCCAGCAAUAGGAACCUAUCUAAUGGAAGCAGAUGUGAAAAAAUUGGCUAGAUGUCAAUUUAUUGGAUUCAGGUAUGACAUUAGGACAAACAACCCUGCUGAGUCUAUAAAUUCUGCUUUGCGUUCGCCAAGAGAGUUUCCUGUUAUUCCUUUGUUGGACAGUAUUAGAAAAAUGCUGACACGGUGGUUUUUUAAGCGUAAGAAAAAGAUUUCAAAACAUAAGCAUCCUUUGACCAUAGAUGUAGAGGAAAAGAUUGAAAGGAGAAUCGAGAAGGGAAAAACUUUCGUAGUUUACCCUAUAACAGAUAGUCAGAUGCUUGUGAAAGGCGAUAUAAUUGAUUACUUUGUUGAUUUAGAUAACCGGACUUGUUCUUGUGGGAAGUUCAACCUCUUGAAGAUUCCUUGUAGACACGCAAUAAAAGCCGGUUAUUCUGUUGGCAGAGAAGCACACACUUUGACUGAUUUUAUGUACACCACGGGAGCUUGGAGAGAAGCUUAG